UACGUCCUUGUUGUGCCGUGACUGUACCUAAGCCGUGCGUGCACGGUAUCAUAACACAAUUCAGUCCACGUGUGUAACAAUAAGUCGGAAAGACGUGAAUUUUUUCCAGUUUUUCAUUGCACCCACGUGCAUGCAUCCACAGUAAUUUCUACAAUUUCGUGUCUGAAGUGCCUGAAAGGCGUGACGACUCCCCGUGAUAUUGAAGUGCCAUCAAAUCAAGAAAGAUCGAAUUUGGGAGAGCAGCUCAUUCACGAGAAACCUCUCGUGGAAACGGGUGAUCGAAUUGGCAUUACACGGGCAUGUCGUUUACGAGGAUGAGUUUUAAAACUGUCUUUCUUUUAUGUCUUGUGGUUACCUUUGUCCCGGUUCACUGUGAGAAAAAGGAAUCAGAUGACGAGAAAACGGCAAAGCUACCAGAAUUCCUCUCGGAACUGGACCUGGCUAGCUUAGAGGCUUCUGAGGAAGAUAUUGCAGAUUUGAAGAAAGUUGUGAAGAGACUAGCCCCCGAAAAGAAUGGCGAGUACCAAGUUUACCAAGGAGUCACGGGCCAACCUGGUGUCGACUUUCCUGUUCUGACGACCAUUCCGACUACAUCAUUUACCUGCCGAGGAGUUAAGGGUGGAUACUACGCUGAUCUGGAAACCAAUUGUCAAGUUUUCCAUAUUUGUGACCAAGGACGUAAGAUUUCGUUUCUGUGUCCUAACGGCACCAUAUUCCAGCAAUCUCAAUUAAUUUGCGACUGGUGGUUCAAAGUUGACUGUAGCAAAUCAGCUGAACUCUACGAACAAAGCGCAGAACUGUUAGCAGAGGAAGAGAGAAAGAGAAGCGAUGCAAAGAAAAUUAAUUCUGAGUAUCACCGAAAUUCGGAAGAAGAUAAUGGACAAAACUUUCAAUACGUAGACUACGACGGAAGACAGAAUGGAAGAUCAAAUCCUUUCGGUCAGUCUGCCUCCCAAAACCAAAUUCAAGAUAACAAACAUUCAAAGAAUAAUCAAGCUGUGGGUCAGGAUUACAACCAGGCUGGUGGAAGACAAGGGAAUCAGUACUCUCAGAAUUAUAAGCAAAAAGAUUUACAAGAUUUGAGCGAGGGUAACACAAACUACAAUCAACAACAACAGUCAACUGUCCUUCCUGGUAAUAAUCAACCUAGACACAGACAACAGAAUCAAUUGAUUGAUGACCGAAAAGAGAAAACGAAACAGUUGAACGACGUUUAUGAUCAACGGAAUGCUAGAAAGUUUCAGACUGCUGACCAUGCUCAAGGAAAAAGUGAGAAGCAAAACUUUAGAACCUCUAAAUCAAGAACUCUAAGUGAUAAUAAUCGCAACCCUGCAAUUACUCAAAAAGUCACUCCUACGUAUACGGAAACAACAACAUUUAGAACAACGUCUCCGAAUCCUGUCAAAGAAGUUCAGCAGUUAGCUGAGAGUUCAGCGUUCGCUACUAAUCGAGGAAAUCGAUACAAUCAUGUCUUCGGAUCUACUCAGUACAACACUUUCUUCAAUAAUCGUAUCUCAUCUUCCGAUAAUUUGCAGAAAUCAUCUACGCCCGCAUAUUCACUUACAACGAACGAGACCAGUGGCCCAACCUCUUUACGACCAAAAAUUGGCAGCAUUCCUCCAUUCCCGGGACCUACCUUUACACCAAUUUUUAAGCCUCGAUUAACUGCAUUAACAAAUCGCGGAACAAUCACUAGUACCACUUCGAAGCCCUUUUCAUUUUCUCAAAGUGCGACAAGUUCAUUUGUCUACAACAACAAAAAUGCGCAAAAUUAUAAACAACUCUCAAGUUCCUCUACAUCCAGCAAUGAUCGAUAUAAACCAAAUCAAUCUACUCAAAGGACCUACGUGAAUACGGACUACUACAGGCAAAAUACAACUCCAGCAGUGACUUCGACAACUUAUGACAGUACACCAAAUUACUAUGACAAUACCGUCACUGGUAAUUAUAAAGAUGAGACAUAUACUACUUCACGACCUUUCACUGCUACUGAAUCUUACCGAGAGAACACUGCAACGAUGACCACCGUUACAGACUUUACUGGCAACACUUUUCCAGAGACUGUCACACCGUCACCAACAACCUUCAUAAAUCAAAAUCAAAGAUUUACAAAUCAAAAUCAAGGAUACACAAAUCAAAAUCAAGGAUUCACAAAUCAAAAUCCAGAAUUCACAAAUCAAAAUCAAGGAUUCGAAAAUAAAAAUCAAGGAUUUACAAAUCAAAAUCAAGGAGUCACAAAUAAAAAUCAGGGAUUUACAAGCUCAAAAUCUAAUCGAGAUCGCGAAGAUCGACAGCGAAAUGAUAAUCAGUUUUCAACUAAAAGUCCGUCCAGAACGUCACAAGUUUACCAACUAAAUUCUAUUAUUACAGCAUCAACCGAAAAACCUUUCAAUCAAAACUCUAUAACUAAGAAACCACUUACUUCCUAUGAUACAACUUUCAACAAUCGACAAGGUAAAUCAGGAUCUACUGUUCGACCUUACGUUCCCUUCACAAAGAACUAUGCCUACACUACUGCUGGAACGACAAGUACGCAAAAACCAAUUGUUUACACGGCCACGAUUCCGUCUUAUACUCCAGCAAAUUUCAUUUAUCGUGAGACUUCAAACGAUUUGAUACCAAAAACAAAGUCUCCUAUCUAUUCUACUUCCUUCUCUUCUAGCAGAUCAGGAACAGGGGCUACCUAUUUACCAAAACAAACCACAGCAAAAGUAUCCCCAGUUACUAAGAAACCAAUUCUGGAAGCCAGACCACCAGUAGAAAGAGAGCAUGCAUUCAGCAUGAUGCAAUCUCUUCAAGGAUUAGAGGGAACCAUCCCAGAGUUGGAAACUCUUCAAAAUGGAAACAGAACCGGAUUGAACAUUCCUAGCUCUUCAGGACCAUCAACCCUACAUUCACUAGCCCUAUAUUUUGCCACCGCAAGUGAGAAUUACGACUUGGGCAAUGCUACAGAUUCAUCGCUGGACCUUCCAGCAAAAGGAAAUGUUUCUGUAGAUCUUCCAACGAGUAUCUUAACGCAGCAUACAAUAAAUUCUUACGUAAAUCUCUUUAACUUAAAUAAUGCUUUGGAGAAUAAUACUGCUUUUCUUUUGGAGGACAAUAGUGCAGAGAUAAACACGAGUGAUGAUUUCGAUGACGAUCUUGAUUUACAGCAAAGUGAAGGUCCUCUAAAUGGAGCUAAAAAAUCCAACAGUACGAAACUUCGAGAGUUGGCACAAGUUUUCACCCAUGCUUUAUCAGCUUAUCUCCAAGAUCCCGAAACUUUUAAGAAAGUUCUCACGGAAAUAAGACCUACUGAACCUCCUCCUUCGAGUGAAGAAGAGUCUGGGGAAAAUACUUCGUCACCUACAACAACUGAAGAAUACCCUUCAGUGACGAAAGAAAAGGACGAAGUUUUAGAUUUCUCUGACGAUACGAUUGGCGCUAGAAGAAGAAGACCAACCACCCCAUUUCCGAAUCAAUCAACUAAUCCAAUCACUGAAUCGACAGAUUAUUAUACUACACCACUAACUUAUUCAGAAUCUCAAUAUUCAACAACAACUCCAAGCACACAAGGAAACGAGGCUGAUUCCUCUAACCAAGAAAGAGAGAAUAAUUUUGCUUUCGAAGUAAAUCAUGCUCUUCAAGAAAACAAAAACUUCAAUAGUGGUUUAAAUCUUCCUAGCAAUUCUUUGAAUGACUACGAAAACUACUUUCCAGCUAAGCCAAGACAGUUAAGUUUUCAAAAUAAAACCCGAGAACCUUAUGGAAAACAUGUAAAACCCUUUGACGCUACACCAAUAAACAAUUAUGUUUCUUCUUCUACACCAGCUUCUUACUUCCAAUCGAAUGAACAAGUAGUUUACGGUCAAAGCAAGGAGCCUGUUCAAAUUUUGCAGCAAGAGUUAGCACCACCCGCAUUUCAGAAUUCCAAAAACCAAGAUCAAAACAUAGCUUAUGAUACAAAUUUCAAUCAAAACAGUAUAUCCUCCACUACAGAACCUUUCAGAAUACGCUACUAUGAUACUUCAACGAAACAAAAAAAUGAUGAAUCUCUCGUCACAGCUAGUAGUAUCCAUCCUAAUUAUAAAAACGAAUUUUUUAAUCUAAAUAAUAAGCUACCCACUGGAAGGUCCAAUAGUCUCUUUAAUACGAAUGAACCUCCGAGACCUGUUUAUUCAACACAUUCAGACCAAUCUAACGAUCACUGGACCGCUUCACCAGAAGUCACUCGAUUAUGGGAAACUACAGUAUUUUUAGACCCACAGAGGAUAAACAACGACUUAAUUCUCGAUCCGAAUGUAUCAACUACCGGUCCAAGAUUAGCUGAUCCCACACAAUUUAAUACUAACUCUAAUGAGCAUCUGGCCACUGAUUCAAGUGGAGUAACACCACCAAAUUUUAUAUCGGAUUCUUCAACACCUUGGCAGAGGGCACCAAAUAAUAAUGAUUCACCUACCGUAUUUUCGUUGCUACCAUCCACAUAUUUUACCGAAAACACAGUUACUCCUAAUCCAACAUUCACAACAAGUUCAAGUAUCACAACGACCAUAACUUCUUCUGUAACUUCGACUAGUGGGGCUUUGCAAGAGACACUUGUUCCCAACUCAGUAAUAAAUGUUACCGAGAAUGAAGUAGAGAAGGCACAGGAAAUGUUUGGAAAGCUGAAUGCUACUAGUACAAGUACCCUAAUGAAAGUUAUGAAGCAAGCUGAUAAUAAUGCAACUGUCAGACAGCUGGUUCUUCUUCUAAUUAGUCAUUGCAAGGGUCCAAUGAACAAGACCAUGGAAGAGGAAAAGGAGCAAUUACUGAGUGCUCUAUUAAGAUUACCAGUAAACGAAUUUACAACCGAGGAGUCUCACGAAAUCAUCGCUGGAAUUAGCAAGUUGAACUUGCCGAUUGGAACUAUCAGAUUUCAUUCAGGAUCUGAAGAAACAAAAAAUACGCAGCCUUCUUCAACAGCUACGGAACCAUCAAUUACUACCUUUAGAAGUAGACAUGGACGAAAGUUUAAAUCGACUACUUCUUUACCAGAAACAAAUUAUCAGUCUUUAAAUUUAGCCACCGCUGAAACCCGGAAUGCAUUGGUAGAAGAUGAAUCUUCCAUUUCUGAUAAUAGAGCUUUAGAACUACUCAGGUCCCUCUAUAGUAUAGCAGCCAAGUGGGGUUGAACGACAGAUAAAAAAUGUGGUUCUUUGACCAGUGUCUGCCAUAACUUCGGAUUACCUCAUGACUGACGACAGUUUAGACGUGUUUGAGAUGGAAAAUAAUAUCAACCUGAAGUUCUCGAUAACAUAAAAAGGAUGUCUUAAUAAAAAGAAACUUUUUGUAGGUGUCUGAACUAAUCUUGUACUAUGAAUGUCCCACUUUUUUCUCUACAGCAGAUCCUCGUUAGUGUAAAUAAAAGAAGAAUAUAAAAUCAGGCUGACUUAUUUUAUCCACAUAAUAAAAUCUGAAAUUACAUUUAAUAUUAUUUUCACACGUCUGUACGUCAUGCUUGAAAUUUAAUAAGCAGACACUAUGUGGGAAUCUCGAGCCUUAUCCUAUAAUAAUCAAACGUUGGCCAGGAACGUAAUAUUAGGAACGAAAAAACCUUCCGUUGUCGGGUUCAUCUGUGAAUCGAACUGUACCAUAAUGCGCUGAGAACACUUGUACACGAGGAAAUCGUCAUAAUAUUUAUAAAUGUAUAUGUAUGUUGAUUCGUUAGUAAACAUUAUAUCUAUUCUUACUUUAAGGGAUGGGGUAUGGUAUUGCGGGAUUCCAAAUUUUUUACUGUGUUGGUGUGAAUGUUAUAUUUGUAGACGAAACAGGUGGUUAUUAUAGAAAUAGUAUUCUUUAAAAUAAUUGUAAGCAAUUUUAAUGCCUGUUUUGUAAUGAGUUCAGUACGCACAAGAUGGAUUAAGCUAAGGAUCUAUUCUAUAUAGAGUCAAUCGAAAUAUUCAUCAAAAUUUUAUAAUAAUUUAUGAAAUCAACGAAAAUAUACUUCAUGUAAUCGCUCCUAAUUUUAAAGGAUAAAUAGAAGCGUCGUUUAGAAAAAAAUUAUUUAGAUUGUAGUUGUUUAUUUGACAAAUUUUAUUUGUAAUGGUUUGAUUGAGAUUUAAUCCUAAUUAUCAAUAGCUGAUUUAUUAUUCCUUGAAAGAUUCUUGAUUACAGUAUUUGAUUGUUUUUUUAAGCAUUCAGAAAUAAUAAAAAAAAUUAAAAUUAGCACUUGAUUAUAAAAUUGAAUAAGAAUUUUAGCUUUUCCUAAAGCGAAAGUACAAAGACAAAGUUACGUUAAAUAUUUUUGAAUAAAAAAUUUAAAUCGGAGCUAUUUUUUCUCAAGUAAAUUUCAAGAUCUUUUAAAAAAUGUAUGACGAUUAGCGAUUAGUAUGUUUUCUAGGUUCUAUAAAUAAUUGUAAAAAUUUCUCAAUUUGGAAGUGGGCUUUACGUGCUAAACAUCGUUGUGGAUUUGGAUAGCUUCAAGAAAAGUCAGUCUGAAUUUCCUAUCGAUCCAGGGCACUUCUGGUGUCUUAAUUAAUCAUUUAAGAAAAGAUGAAAAAUACUCAUAAAAAUAAAGCAUAGAAAUUCCAGGCAAAUUAUUUUUUACUCUGGAAGGCUUGAUAUAUUCAGUUAAUAAAUUCGUAGAUAUAUUAUUUUUGAGUCUUCGAAUUAAAAGUUUUGUUUUUGUAAAUCGAAUUCGUUAAGAAAAAUUAAUUAUAAAGCAAGAAAAUUCAGUUCCGAAAGUUUAUAUGAUUCAAGCUUGUAAUAAAUUAACUGGUGCUCUUAAGAUUAUUUUCAAGGCAAUUAAAAUUGUUUACUUUGAGAGAUUUAUGUUUAACAACAGUAACCACUAAUUUUAAUGUAAACUUUAAAUGUGAUGACUUCCGAUCUUACAAUAACGUCAAGAACAGUAACACCACGUGGUGAAACCCCUAUCGAUUUAUAUUAUUAUGUGACUAUUCUGAUUCAGUAAUUACAUUAUUUCCGAUUAAUCAACAGCUCAAUAAGUAAAAUUAGUUCGAAUAAUACUUUAAUGCGAUAGAUGUUUACAACUUUGUAAACAACAUUUGUCAAGUAUUUGCAAUCAAAUUUUUUAUAAAUGAUUAGAAUUCAAUUCUAAUUCUAUAAAUUACUUAAUGAAUCUAUGUUAAUUAAUCAACAUACGUCAAAAUUCUUUUAACUGUCAGAACGAUUUAACUUAAAACAAUAUAAUGAUAAAAGCGAAGUUGAACUACCAAUUUUAAUAUAUUUGAACUAAAUUUUUUAAUGCUUCACCGACUGCCUAUUUAUUUUAUUUUUAACUGUGACACCAGGAAUUAUAAAAUUAAAAUGCGAAAUAAAUACAAGAUUACUGCCAUCUACGAGUGCACACGGUCGCAUAAAUUUUGACUUGAAUGAGUGCGUUAGGAUAUAGAUAAUCUGCAGAUUUGAUGUAAAAUAUGUUUGUACAGAAUGUGAAUAA